GAAGCAAGGGUUGCCACUGCUUUGGAUAAACUAACUCACGUGGAAACAUCGGUUAAUGAUAGGCUGUUACAAGAUAGAAGCACCUCAGAAUCUGAUCAAAGUUGCUCUUCUCCUUAUACUUCUACACAUCGCUAGUUGCCUCGGAAAAGCUUGAAUGUCUCCGGUCCAGUUCUUACAUGGAUCGCCCAAAACUUUUACCCACAGAUAUUCUUACAUGUAUCUUACCAUCUCUGUUUCAGAUUCCAAUUGAAUGCUUUGAGGAACCAUGGGUUAUCUUUCGUGGCAAAGAUGGGAAACCUGAUGCGUCCAGGAUGCAUUUGCACAUAGAGUCUAUAGCGACUGAUACAGAUGGAAAAUGUGAGAAAAUGCCAUCUACAAGAUUGCUUAAUGUGAAGAUAAAAUCAGUGCCAUGUUUUGAAAAAGAGGGAAUGACUUGGAUUUGGCCUGGUGAUGAGGCUCCAACUGCCAACCUUCUUUCUUUAUUACCUCCUUCAGGAUUUGAAAUUCAUGCUGAGAUUCCUAUGGAACUUCCAACUGAACACGGGCUACUUCUGGAUAACCUUUUAUAUCUAGCACAUGCUCCAUUUACCCACUCUUCUACUUUGCCAACGGAUGGAGUGUUCCCAGCUUGGUGAACUUUUUAACACCUGCAUCUGGCCCCCAAGGAUACUGGGAGCCUUAUCCAAUAGAUAUGGAAUUUCUAACUCCACGUAUGGUGCUAUCAACCAUUGGGAUAUCAAAACCUGAAAAAUUGGAAGGACGGAGUAACAGAUAGUGUUCAACACAUCUUCAUCAUCUUCACGUCUGCUUACCUUCAUCAACGAAGAAAACAAGGUUGUUAUAUAGAAUGUCACUGGACUUCGCUUCUGUUUUAAAGCACAUCCCCUUACUGCAAUACUCGUGGAGGCAUUUCGUAGAACAGGUAGGGGGAAGAAGAGAGACAGCGGUAUUAACAAAGGGAGGGUUCCGAGAGACCGCAAAUCGGACGACCCAGUUGGACAAUUGGAAAAGCAAGCACCAUGGACGGUCCACAGCAGCUCUUUGCGCUUGUUGAACUCUAUUUCGAACAAAAUGGAGACCAUCCACUGAAGCAGAGUGGCCAAAAAGAAGAUACCAGCCUUGUUUAUG